CUUCCCCCGGUUCCCGCCCCCGCCGCCCUCCGUGCGCGGUGCUUCCGGCGGCGCCCGGCGCGGCGGCGGCUCCGGCGGCCCGGGCAGCUCCGCCCUCCGGACGGGAAUUAAAAAUGCUUUCUAUGGGGACUUCUGCUUCUGAUGCCAGAACUCUUUUGAAGACCUUGUUUAUUGCAUGGUUUAAAGGAAGAUGAUGUUGUUAGUGAAUUCUGAGCAUCCUUCAGGAGGCUGAUGACCCUUCUGUUGUUGGUGUGUGCUGUCAUGGACAGCUUCAAACGCUCUUUUCCAAAACACCACAGGCAGUUAAUGCAACUUAUAAAGGACUCCUGACUUUUUGCAUCUUCCUAAGUCCUAUCUAGAUGCCACCAGUGUUUCCCAUGUUAACAGUUCUGAGCAUGUUUUACUACAUGUGCCUUCGGCGCCGAGCUAGGACAGCAACGAGAGGAGAAAUGAACAGUCGGAGGGCUAUUGAAUCGAACACCCGCGCCUUACCUAUCAACGUUGAAAUAGUUCAGUAUGCCAAAGAAGUGUUGGAUUUCAGCUCUCACUAUGGCAGUGAGAACAGCAUGUCCUAUACCAUGUGGAAUUUAGCGGGGAUUCCCAAUGUGUACCCUAGUUCUGGUGACUUUACCCAGACUGCUGUCUUUCGAACUUACGGGACCUGGUGGGAUCGCUGCCCGAGCGCUCGGCUGCCUUUCAAGAGGACACCAUCCACCUUCUGUAGCCAAGACUAUGUGGAACUUGCUUUUGAAGAACCAGUUUAUCCCACUGCUGUGCACAUUCUGGAAACCUAUCAUCCUGGAGCUGUAGUCAGGAUUUUGGCAUGCUCCGCAAAUCCUUACUCACAAAAUCCACCAGCUGAAGUAAGAUGGGAAAUACUUUGGUCUGAGGCACCUACAAAGGUGAAUGGUCCUCAGGCUCGGCAGUUCACACCUUGUAUCAAACAGAUCAACUUCCCCACAAACUUGAUCCGAUUGGAAGUGAACAGCUCUCUACUGGACUAUUACACUGAAUUGGAUGCAGUAGUACUACAUGGUGUGAAAGAGAGGCCUGUGCUUUCACUUAAGACUUCAAUGAUUGAUAUGAAUGACAUAGAUGAAGAUGAGGAUGAAGAAAAAUUUGCCUGUGGAAUGGACGCCCUUAAUAAGCAGUUCAGCAUUGUUACCCUCAGGGAAUGGCCAACUAAUGGAUAUUUUGAUAAACUGCCUUAUGAGCUCAUCCAGUUGAUUUUGAGUCACCUUACAGUACCAGACCUGUGUAGACUAGCACAAACUUGUAAGCUACUGUAUCAACAUUGCUGUGACCCUCUACAGUACAUUCAUCUCAGUUUACAACCUUACUGGGCAAGGAUUAAUGACACAUCCCUGGAGUACCUACAGUCUCGCUGCACACUCAUCCAGUGGCUGAAUUUAUCUUGGACUGGAAACAGGGGAGCCAUCUCUGUUUCUGGAUUUAGCAGGUUCCUGAAAGUCUGUGGCUCUGAACUAGUACGUCUUGAGUUGUCUUGUGGCCAUUUCCUCAAUGAAACAUGCUUGGAGGUCAUCACUGAAAUGUGUCCAAAUCUUCAGGAAUUAAAUCUCUCAUCAUGUGAUAAAAUACCACCCCAGGCUUUCAACCACAUAGCCAAAGUGGGCAGCCUGAAGCGUCUCAUUCUCUACAGAACGAAAGUGGAGCAAACAGCCCUGCUCAGUAUUUUGAACUUCUGCUCGGAGCUGCAGCACCUCAGCCUGGGCAGCUGCGUCAUGAUUGAAGACUAUGACCUUAUAGCAAGCAUGAUGGGAGCAAAAUGCAAAAAGCUUCGCAGUCUGGAUUUGUGGAGAUGUAAAAACAUCACUGAAAGCGGGAUUGCAGAAUUGGCUUCAGGCUGCCAGCUAUUGGAAGAACUUGACCUUGGUUGGUGUCCUACUCUCCAGAGCAGUACAGGCUGCUUCACAAACCUUGCGCGCAAACUCCCGAAUUUGCAGAAGCUCUUUCUUACGGCCAACAGGUCUGUGUGUGACACAGACAUCGAGGAGCUCGCUGCCAACUGCACGCACUUGCGGCAGCUGGAUAUAUUGGGAACGAGGAUGGUGAGCCCUGCAUCUUUAAGAAAAUUGCUGGAGUCUUGUAAAGAUCUUUCUUUACUUGAUGUGUCCUUCUGUUCACAGAUCGAUAAUAGAGUUGUGCUAGAACUGAAUGCCAACUUUCCUAAUGUGUUCAUAAAAAAGAGUUUCACCCAGUGACUCCCUACAUAUGCUGCUGUGGAACGUGUUUGACAGAAUUGUUUUCCUGUAAAUUUGUGCUGAUUUUUUUUUUUUUUUGUUAAAGAGAAUAUAAAUCUGCUAUUAAAUACUGGAAACUAUUAAUUAUCUACACAAAUGGGUAAAAUACAUUUAAAUGUUUUAUGUUUCUUUAAGUUGAUAUUGUACCUAAGAAUUAUUUUGCUCUAUUAAUUGGUGGCACUGCAUGUUUUUAAAUACUAGCCAUAUGUCUGGCUUUAAUGAGAAGCAAAUGAAUGUCUUCUUAAAUGUCCCUUCACAGGGUGUUAUACACAAUACACUAUGUUAAUAUCCAGGUGAAAGCUGAAGUUCAAUAUUUAUCCGUAGGGAAAAUAUGGGUGCUUCCUUUUCAUGUGUUUGGGUGUGUAUAUAUAAAUGUAUACAUAUGUAUUUGUAUAUACAUACACAGAUAUUGUAGCAUUCUAGUUUGGCCUGCAGCGUAAAAUUUUAUCAUCUGGCCUAAAAUUAGUUAUUUGAAAACCAGUUUAAGUGUGUGUAAAAACAGAAAGAAAAGGCACUUUGUCUUCUUUGAGUUUUGGCAAUGAACUGUAUCUGAUACAGUUUCCUCCCUUCUUUCACCUGAAAUGGAUGUAGUGAUGUUUUACAGUCCAGCCUAAGCAGCACAACAGAUAGAUGCAAGAGCCUGGACCACCUGAACUUAGAGCAGAAAUGAAAGAUAAAAUUGACAGCUGCUUCUUGAUAUUGAGAUACAAAGUUUAAGCCAAGUACUUAUUGUCAUAACUGGUAAUGUGUAGAAAACUCCAGGGUAGUUUUCUUUUUCAAAUUUCUGUCAUGGUCAAGACUUUAUUUGUGAUAUAUCUGGUUAUUGUGCAGAGUACCAUGAAAAGUAGAACUUAGGGUAAUGUGUUAGCAACUGUCCUUUCACUGGCAUCAAAUCGACUGUCAGGUGUAAAAACAAGCAUCUUUGUUCAGUAAAACAGCAAUGAAAAUAUAAUGGGUUUGAAACAAGGGCAAUACAAUUUGAUGAUUUUAUGAUCACCAAACCUUAGUACUGGAUUUAUUUUGUUUGGGUUUUUGUUUUGUUUUGUUUUUCCAAGAGGAAAGUAGCUCAAAGUACUACUGGACUCUCUCUUUAAGACUGCUUAACCUCUGGAGAAGGUAAACUCUGUUGAUGGACAAUUUCUGGAAGUUUCUUCCUUUUGCACUUUCUUGAAAGAAGUUUUUAUCUUUUUUUUUUUCCUUGAAUAUCACUGCUAGAGUAUGUUGCUCUGUACAGCUUUGGUUUAGAAUUUUACCUUUUUAGCCAUUGUUGAUGCAUAUGGACCAUAAAAUAUAGGCUGUCUUUUGAUACUGAUUCUGUUAUUCUUGUAUUGAUGGCACUUAUUACCUGCUGGAAUAAGAAGAAAAAUACUUUGUCUGAGAGAAGUAAAGUAUUGUACUGAAGAUCAGUGACAAAGAACACUUCAGUUCAUGCAGUAAAUAACCAACUGCUACUAGAGGACUGCUGCAAAUCGUUAAAAAUCUGACAAUCUCUGUGACUCCUGAAUGACUGCUUUGAACUCUUUGUGCUGGUGCCAGUACUUUAUAAACCAUGUCAUGAAACAGCUACAGAACAUUUAUCUGAUUUUAUUGAAAGACCUAGUUCUUCAGAUUUUUAAAUUUUGCUGAAUCUCUGGGGAAUUCCAGAUCCAAAGAAGGGCAUGCACAGUUGGCUUUUUGAUUUUUUUCCCUCCACACAGAUGGCACUAUGGGAUUUCCAACUAGUUUAUGCCAUUCAAUUUUUUUUCGUCUUUAGAAAUCUGAGCAUUGUCAGAGAACUUUGAAUUGAUUUUUUUUUUUCCAUACUGAAAGAUGUCAGCUUUGGUAUGCUUCUCUGUGAGACCUCAUUUCUCUCAAUCAUGUUUGGGUUCAUUUGUUUUUCUGUGAACCUGUAACUCUUUUUAGUCUAUAUUUUUCACUGUAAUUAUUAAAUGUUAUUAUUCUAGUUACAUGAGAACACAGGUACAGGUAAUGGGAGUUUACAAAGAACAGAGUUCAAAACAAAUGUGUUUGUUGUAAAAUUUCACUUCUCAGGGGUUGUUCUGAGUUUAUCUCCUUUUUUUUUCUAUAGAGAUUCAUUUUGUUUGUUUUUCACUGUAAAUAGAGUGGGAUGUGGAUGAAGUGAUAGCCAUUGUGCCUUCAAACUGGUAAACUUGGUAGAUAAUAGAGUUUUUCUCAUCAGUGAAUCAAAUAAGUGGUCUUGUACUCACAUACGUGUAAAGAAUUUCAUUCUCUGUUGCUUUUUAGGUAGCGUACAGAAGGUUUGAAUUGAAAUUUUGUUCAUACUGGAGGAUUUUUCUUUCUUAUGUUGCAUCUUCUGUUUAAAAUGGUUUCUUCAGGAAUUCUCUAUUGCCACUUGGAAGAUAAAUUGAAGUUGAGUUUUUAUUUGGGUUGUUUAAAAUUUGGCUAUUACUGACAUAUAAUUAAUUCAAAGAGAAGAGAAGCAAUUGGGAAUGACUUCCAUCUAUAGUUGUAGACUUCAGCCUUCAGUCAGAGAGUAAGAAGCUCUUUUAGCUAUGGCCUUAUAAGUCCAAGAAGUCUUCCAACAAAACAAAGACCAGACUUGACAUUUGUAAUACUUGUAGGAUAAAGAAAACAACUUGCUUUUAGACCUUCCCCGUACGUCACAGAGAAGCAAGAAUAGGUUGCUGUCUCUUUAGUUCUGCUCUCUUAUACUUAAAUGUGUCUAUUUAUUUAUAUAUAUGUAUGCAUAAAUUAUAUAUACAGACACAUACAUUUGUGUGUCUAUAUGAAUUCUUUUGGAUAUGUGUACAUACAUAAACAUAUAUGUAUAAAUCUCAAAGUUUUUCAUGUAGGAAUUACUUUUGUAAAGUGAGUGUAAUAGAAAAAAGGUGUUUCAUAGCAGUUCUGCUUUCAACUAUUGCUUUACUCUACCUGGAGACUGAGUUCAUCUUUACCAUGCAGUAGGAAAAGCCUGGACAGAUGUGCUGAAUUUCCAGUGUUGCUUUGCCAAAGUGCCUUUUGGUUUGUCUGCUCGUGAAAGGUGUUACAGGGUAUGAAGAGUGAAUGGCAAGUCCGAUCACUACUGUGGACUGUCUCCUUGCAAAGCAGUCAUAUAGAGGGAAACUUAUAUUCUGGUUUCAUUUGAUCCAAAAUGAAUUAUGUCAGUUCCUCCACUGGCAGAAUUUAAUUAUUCUUGAACUGGGUUUCAUCUCCACCACUAGACUGCCCUCAGUCAUGUUAUCUGAAUUCUGUUGUUAAGGAUAUUCCUUUUUUAAAAUCCUGUUGUUUGAUUAUCUGUCUUUCUGAAGCUUUGUAAAAGAUACGCUUUGGCAACAAAUGUUAAAAAAAACAUGACUAACAUGUCCAAAAGAAGGAGUUUACUCUGAACUGCUCCUGUUUUUAAACUAAAGGGGGUCUUCCAUAGCCUCUGUAUGAAAUUGAUAUAGGAUGGCCUGUAGGUAAAGAUGUAAUUCCUUGGGUAAUUUUAAAAACUAAUAUGAUAACUUUACCAUUUAAAGCAUCUUCUUAACUCUUCAAGGCUUUAAUUCAGUAGUGUACUUGUAUUCAUAAUUUUGAGCUGUCUGGCUGCAUAGCUCUAUGAAAUGGAUGGGGUUUCUGUUCUUUAAAUUAUACACCUGAUUAAGUCCAUUAGUGAGCAUGACUUAUAUAGAACAAUUUUGCAUGGGAGUUUGGACCUUAUAAUCUCCCAUGUACUUGGAGGUCCAAGUUUCAGACAAAAAACCACAAGCAAACAAACAACAAAACCUACCAAAACCUUUGUAUUUCCUUAGAACUCUUAUGCUAAGUUUUCCAGAUAUAAGAUGUCCAAUAAUCAUGGUACACAGUGAGUAGAAUUCAUCUCACUCAAUGUUAGUUCUCUGAAAGUUAGACAUCUACUUCAAGGGAGGAAUCUGGGCACCUCUAGAGAGUUAUUAAUCUCCUAAGGCAGACAUUUCAGGAAAGGAGAAUGAAUCAUGUUCUAGAGAGCCUCUCUGGAGACUGUGGAAGCUGUGAUUUAGCUCAGGUUAGAUACUAAACUGAGAUUAAUUCCAUCCAGUGCUGUACUACCUGUCUUGAAAAACAAGACUGAAACAACAUCCAUCCUUAAACCUUCAAACCUUCCAAAUUCCAUCCAGAGAGAAGCAAAAAAAAAAAAAAAAAAAAGAAAUUCUGAGGAGGAAACCUUGAGUUUUCUUAAUGCCAGGAUCUGCUUCUGCCCCUUGUUAAUACCUGUGGUAUAUCAUUUGUUUUAUUUUGUUAGUUUAUUUGGCUUUUGGGGUUGGGUUUUUUUUGGAAAUGCAUCCUCUUUCCCUUUUCCAAAAUCUCAUGUGCCUAACUGGCUGUGUGUAUAGUUCUGUAAAUGCGUGAACAGACAAAGAUAAUUAAUGUAUUGCCACUAUUUUGAUAAUCUUUCAUAUUGCUAUAAUUAAGACUGAGUAGUUUAACUGCUCUACUGUCAUCAGAAAUGUCACCCACUGUGCAUUUGCAAAAAUUGUGUGCUGAGUCCUGGUUCUUACUGUGUGUACUUAUUGCAUCUUUUAGGAUAUAUUUCCCAUGUCACCUCAGCAGGACUGCUAAAUUUACAAAAACUAAAUAAAAUGUAGCAUUUUAUUAUGAGGACUGUGGGAGCGACUUUAUAUAUAUUAUUUAUAUGUUCCUUGUUGAUCUUUAACAGUGAUUCUGUAAGUUGUAGCUUUGGAAAUUACUAGACUAGAAAUCCCUGGUUUAAUGCAUCUGCACUUGCUGUGUCAGAUGUAGCCAAUGUUUUUUCCCAAAUGAAGGCAUUAGUUCUUCACUGAGAUGAUGAUUUCUGUGAUUUUUAGAUAUCUGACUUGAUAAUGAAGUGCAAGAAGGUGCUCUUUAAUAAAUGUUACCAGCACAGGACAAGUUGUGGUAACUGACAUUUGGAAGGGCUGAGAAAUGAGUGUUGUUGCAUGUUACACAUCCUCAGGAUCUUCAGAGAAAUGCAUCAGCAGGAAGAGUCUCAUUAAGAAGAUUCAGCCUCUGUAAUAGGAGGCAGUGGUGAGAUUUUCGCUUUCAGCUAAUGGACUAAAUACUUUUGUUUGAGUUACAUAGCUCUGGUUUCUCUCUGUCUUGUUUUCACUUAAGGAUGGUAAAAGGCGUGGUUAGGACAGACGUCCUAAACUGAAGUGCAUCCAUUGUGAGGAAUGAAGUUUUUCUGUUGCAUGUUUUGUUCAUCUUUUCUAAAAAUAAAAGAAUAAAAAUACCCUCAA